AUGAAGACCUUUGUCACCCUCGCAGCUUUCGCUGCUGGGACCAAUGCCCUGGUUAGCAGAGGCAACAGCUGCUGCUUCCACAUGACUGCCGCUGGUGGUGCUUCUGGUACCAUUGGCCAGCUUUCUGAUGGCCAGAGCCGUGUCUACGGCAACCUUUCCCCAGCUGAUUUCUGCAUCGACUCCCAAGGUGGUGUCACCGAUGGCCACGGCCGUGGUUGCAUUAUCACCCCCGACACUACUCAGUGGCAGUGCGAUGAGGGUUCUUCCCCUGCCAACGGCUUCUCCGUCGGCUCCGAGGGCCAGAUCGAAUACAAGGGCAACACCAAGUUCGUCGCUUGCCAGACUGGUCUGAAUGGUGGAAUGAACCUUUACAUCAACCCUGACCGAUCGCUGGUCACUGGUUGCACGGAUAUCACACUGAGCGCCGACUCUUGCUCUGGCCAGGGCUCUGGAUCUGGCGAGGGCUCCAGCUCCGCUCCUCCUUCCGCCUCUACUGCUCCUGCUGGCUCUCCUCCCGCUGGCGGAUCUAGUGUUCCUGGCGGUGGCUCUCCUCCCACUCCUGUGCCGACUGUCCCUGGUGGUGGUUCUGAGUCGAGCGUUCCUGUGCCUCCCGCUGGUGGCUCGUCUACUGUUCCUGCUGGUCCUCCCGCUGGCUCGCCUCCCGCUGGCGGAUCUAGUGUCCCCGGUGGCGGCUCUCCUCCGACUCCUGUGCCCACUGUCCCCGGUGGUGGCUCUGAGUCGAGCGUUCCCGUCCCCCCUGUUGGUGGCUCUUCUACUGCUCCCGCUGGUCCUCCCGCUGGCGGAUCUAGUGUCCCCGGUGGCGGCUCUCCUCCCACCCCAGUUCCCACUGUCCCUGGCGGUGGCUCUGAGUCGAGCGUCCCCGUGCCUCCUGCUGCUGGCUCUUCUACUGCUCCCGGCGGUGGCUCUGAAUCCGUGCCCCCUGUUCCUGGCACUACCGCCCCAGUUGUCCCUGGCGGUGGUGAGGGCUUCACCACCAUCCACACUACUCUCACCACUACUUUCUGCCCUGAGAGCGAGUCUACUGGUGUGAUCCCCGGUCCUCAGACUUCCGUCCCCGGAUCCCCCGGAUCUCCCUCUGAAAGCGUUCCCGCCCAGCCUACCGAGAGUGUUCCUGCUCAGCCUUCUGAGAGCGUCCCCGCCCAGCCUUCUGAGACUGUUCCCGGAUCUCCUUCCGAGAGUGUUCCCGCUCAGUCCUCUCAGACUGUCACUGGAUCGCAGCCCUCGGAGACUCCCUCGAGCCCCUCUGAGAGCGUCCCUGCCUCUGGAACCUCCACUGGCUCUCAGCCAUCUGCCACCCCCUCUGGUAGCUGCCCUGCGAACCUCGACGGCGAGUACGAGGCUCCUCACUUGAUCAUCCCCGUUAACUCCGAGUCGCCCGACAAGGCCUACGGCAGCUCGUUCAACGGUACCAUCUCUACCACCGAGUCGACCCUCUACAACUUCGACAUCCCCUCCAAGGACGCUGGCAAGACUUGCAGCCUCGUCUUCCUCUUCCCUAAGAAGGAGGACCUCGAGACCUCGUCUUUCACCUUCAGCGGCGAUGGCAAGGUUGACUUCUCUCAGCUCGACUCCUCUGUCUCCAUCAAGACCAACUACCAGAACACCCCCGCCGUCAAGGAGGACUACGGUGUCAAGACUCUCUCGCCCGGCAACUCCUACACCAUCGCCACUUUCGAGUGCCCCGCUGGUCAAGCUGUCGCCUAUGAGAUGAAGAACGCCGGUAGCACCUACCUCGACUUCUUCGAAGACUACAACCCCUCUCCGUAA